GCUCGGCUGCUCCAUCUGCCAGGAGAAAAGCUGAGGCCCGGCCGAGGUCGCCAGUGAAGUCUGGGAGGAGACCCCGACACCGGCUUCUUGGUUAAAUGUUGUACACUCAGACCCAGCUCAGACAGUCCCUCCCCAGGGGCCGGCCUGCUACAGAAAUGACCCUGGCUUGGCCCAGGGGGCCACUUUCUCACGCUCCUCGCUUCGGGGCCUGUCACAGCCGGAUAAAUGGUCUCUCUAUACUUACGAACCUCGUGUUUGCCCAGCUUUCCCGAAGAAUGGGGCAAAAAAAGCAGCGACUGUUGGAGGCACGACGGCGUCAGAGCCUAACAGACGGAGCCCAGAUGCCUUCCACCAUGGAGCCCUGCUUGGGGCCGCCUGCAACCCUGGGACCCCAGCGCAGCAUCUAUUUUUCAAGCCCCAAAAGCCACUCUGCACAACUGGGAUCUGAGUUUUUUGACCAGCCUGCAGUCCCUCUGGCACGGGCAUUUCUGGGACAGGUCUUGGUUCGGCGACUUGAUGAUGGCACAGAGCUCCGCGGCCGCAUUGUGGAGACGGAGGCAUACUUGGGGCCCGAGGAUGCAGCUGCUCAUUCGAGGGGUGGCCGGCAGACCCCCCGCAACCGUGGCAUGUUCAUGAAGCCAGGAACCCUGUACGUGUACAUCAUCUAUGGCAUGUACUUCUGCAUGAACGUCUCCAGCCGAGGGGAUGGGGCAUGCGUCCUGCUGCGAGCGCUGGAGCCCCUGGGGGGCCUGGAGACCAUGCGGCAGCUUCGCAGCACCCUCCGCAAGGGCGCCGCGGGCCGAGCCCUCAGAGACCGUGAGCUGUGCAGCGGCCCCUCCAAGCUAUGCCAGGCCAUGGCCAUCGACAAGAGCUUCGACCAGCGGGACCUGGCCAAGGACGAGGCUGUGUGGCUGGAGCGCAGCCCCCCGGGCUCCAGGGAGCCGGCUGUGGUGGCAGCAGCCCGAGUGGGCAUUGGCCAAGCAGGAGAGUGGGCCCAGAAGCCCCUGCGCUUCUACGUCCAGGGCAGCCCCUGGGUCAGUGUGGUAGACCGAGCGGCCGAACAGAACUCACAGGCCUGCUCGGACAAGGCUUUUUAAUUGUUCAAAGACCAAAUAAAUGCUUUAUGUCUGGGAAA